GAAAUAAAAACCAAUUAAAAACACAAUAUGCAGGGAACCCAGACCCCAUCGAGAGAUAGAUACAGAGGGAUUCUUCUUCUGUAUUUCUGUGUGCUUGUUACACAGAAACUGAGCAAAACCCUAGUUUUCUCUCUCUAAAAGCAGUUCAAGGUCUGCGAUUUCAUCAUCGUCCACCUCAAAGAUGCACAAGUCGGGUAGAGGCCAACGCGAAAAGCUCCAGCAGUUCAUCAUGAUAACUGGAGCAAGCGAAAAAGUGGCUUUGCAGGCUCUGAAGUCUAGUGAUUGGCAUCUUGAAGGAGCGUUUGAUGUAUUCUACAGUCAGCCCCAGCUGCAAACACAUACUGAUUCUAGGCAUUUGGAGGAAUUAUACAAUAGAUAUAAAGAUCCACGUGUUGACAUGAUACUUGUUGAUGGUAUCAGCCUCCUUUGCAAUGAUCUUCAGGUGGAUCCUCAAGAUAUUGUCAUGUUAGUUGUUUCCUGGCACAUGAAGGCAGCUACCAUGUGUGAAUUUUCCAAGCAGGAGUUCAUAGAUGGAUUAGAAUCACUAGGGAUAGAUUCUUUGGACAAGUUCCGUGAAAAGAUACCAUUUAUGAGAUCCGAGCUGAAAGAUGAACAAAAGUUUCGAGAGAUAUAUAAUUUUGCUUUUGGCUGGGCAAAAGAAAAGGUAUUAAUAUAUGUGUGUGUGGGCGUGCGCGUGUGCUUUGUGUUCAUGUUCAUAUACACGUAUAUUGCUUCAUUUUCAUUUCAGGGUCAGAAAUCUUUGGCAUUGGAUACUGCAAUUGGAAUGUGGCAAUUACUGUUUGCUGAAAAGCAGUGGCCGUAUGUUGAACACUGGUGUCAGUUCUUACAGGCUCGGCAUAACAAGGCAAUUUCAAGGGACACAUGGUCUCAACUAUUGGAGUUUGCGAGGGCUGUAGAUUCUUCACUGUCAAACUAUGAUGCGGAAGGUGCCUGGCCAUAUCUUAUUGACGAAUUUGUCGAGUACUUGAAGGAGAACGGAGUAAUCCAAAAGGGUUAAUUGCCUGCCUGAAUGGAGCCAAAACUGUUUAGGACUGCUUGAGUGGUGAGUGAGGAGUUUCUCUCAUCUGCAUUACUGUAAUUGAGUUGUGUUGCCCUGUAAUUGAACUCGGUUCGUCUUCAAAACGAGACGGCCAAAACCUGGAACUCUAAAAUCUAAGAUUAUAUUUUACAAUCGGUUAGAUGGUUGACCUGGAUUGUGUAUUAUCUAGUACAAUAUUUGCCUCUUUGUUUCGUAAAA